GAGUCAAUGAUGUUCCAUUAACAGUCAUACCGAGGUAGCUGGUAGAAGCUUUGAGAAAGAAAUGAAUCAUGAGAAAUUCCUUACUAAGCUGGCCCCUCGCAACCUACCUUGGAAGGCAGCGGCCGGAACUACAUAACGCCAUCUUGGCAGGGAAGUUGCCCCACGAUUUGGUGAUCCAAGGUGCCUGACUCCGUGAGCGCAGCAACCUCUCUUUCAGUUGCAUUCUUACCUUUCAUACUCCUCUCGGCGUUUUGCAUUUUCGAUCCAACUUCCUCUCCUAUCCAUACUGCGGGCAUACAGGGCUAGAACUUCGUAAACGAGCAUACGACAAGAAAUAUCAACUGCGAACAGCGCCCGAGACCCCCAUCCGACGGCCGCUUGAGACCGUUUACAGCAACAUACACUUACCUUGACUGGGCAAAUCAAACAAUACCGCCAAGAUGUUAAAGAUCUGGUCUAUGAAGCAGAAGCAGCAGCAAGAUGAAGCAGCCGCAGCAGGAAGCAAGAAAAAGAAGGUCACAGCAGCACAGCUCCGCGUGCAAAAAGAUCUUUCUGAGCUAUCCCUUGGAACGACCAUGAAGACUCACUUCGCGAACCCCGAUGACAUCCUAAACUUCACACUCACGAUCGAGCCUGACGAGGGCAUGUACAAGGCCGGACGAUUCGUAUUCGACUUCAAGAUCAACCAGAACUUUCCUCACGACCCACCGAAGGUCAAGUGCACGCAGAAGAUAUACCACCCAAACAUCGACCUCGAGGGUAAUGUGUGUUUGAACAUCUUGAGAGAAGACUGGAAGCCGGUUCUUAACUUGAACGCGGUGAUUGUCGGUCUGCAGUUCCUUUUUCUCGAACCUAACGCAUCGGACCCAUUGAAUAAGGAGGCUGCAGAGGAUCUGAAGGCGAACCGAGAGGGCUUCAAGCGCAACGUACGGUCGUCACUUGGUGGAGGUAGCGUGAAGGGGCAAACAUUCGACCGAGUUCUGAAGUAGAAGGCGACAAUAUUGCCACGGGUGCACUAGAGAGUGGCGUAGGAGUCAUGCAGUCAUGAAGCUUCCCCAGACCUUCUGUUUAAGCGUGCAUAUUGUUAGACUGGCGUCAAUUGGAGCGCGGCGUCGAUAUAUACGGGGCUCCCUUGAUACAAACACUGAAAUAUUUCCUAUUGGCAGGCGCAUGGCGAAAGGCUUUUGAGUUACGAUGUUGCAGUACGAUGAAGUAUUCGGCAUACGAAAAUGAUGUUGUGUCACCUAGAUUUAUGCUUGUGAACCGGAAUUGAGCACCACUGCGAUGUUGUUAUGUGGCGUGCAAAAGAGAGGAUACGAGGGAAUCUAUGUAUGAUGAUGUACGAAGCACAUGCCGGCUAAAAGAAGCUCCAACACAGCUUGAGCGACAACGGAGUCCACGAAUUCUAAAAGAGAGCGGAUCGGGGCCUUAAUGUAGUGAGUCAACAAUAUGGAGCUCCUACUUUUGGUAGUCGAGGC